GGAUAAGGCACACUCUUCCCCUUGCUGACCUCCCCUGCCUUCUCCUUCGGCCGCAAUUUGGAACCGGAGCACGCCGGAGGACGAGGCCUGGACCUCCAUUGAUUCCCCUCCAUUCCAGCAGCCUCGUCUCCACCCAUCACCCCAGCUACUCGAUACGUCCACAAACCUUUUUCCUCCAUUUUGUCCCCCGCGUGGGAGAGCCCUAGCUACCGCGGCUUCAUUCACGGCGCGCGCGGCGAGCCCCUCCGGCUGCCGGUUAGCCAGUGCGGUGAGCGCCGCCGCUUUUCUUCCCCGACGGUGGUUCCGCCAUUGCUCGGGGUUCUUGAUUGAAAUCUUUGUAUCCCGUUUGCAUAUUGCGGCGGGUAUGGCUGCAGUUUGGGGCGGCUGCAGCACAAGCCGCGGUUCCUUCAGUCUCGAACUGCCUCGGCGUGGCACGGGAAUCCUAUCAAGAAACGGCGGCCGGAGCGGAGGUGAAGCCCACCGGGUAAGCGGCGCCAUGGUGAUGGCCAGAGGAGUGUGUGUUUGUAGAGCGGCUGCUCCGCCGUGUGUCCCUGAAUCUGACGUCACCCGCAAGGAGGAGGCUGGCUCGGGGACUCGUGGCAUGGACGACGAUGAUCGGCCUGUUGCUGGCGGUUUCGUCUAUCACAAGAGCCACGGGCUCCGGCGGCGUCCGGUCAAGCCUGCUGCCGUGGAGAAGGAACCUGUCCGCGCCAGAAGUGUUCGGCCGGUGACAGUUUCAGAGUCGGCGCAAGAAGUGCCAGUUUCAGAUAAGUUUGAGCAUGGGGGAUCAAGGCUGCACUUUCUGGAAGAGCGGGACGAGGAGAUGCUGUCCAGGAGGCUGAUGAGGCUCGGCCAGUCCAAUAAGGUCAGGAGUGCCAUGGAGCUGUUUGAUUCAAUGCGUGCCUCUGGCCUGAGGCCGACCGCGCACGCCUGCAACUCCCUCUUGGCCAGUUUCGUCCGCAGAGGUUACCCUGCGGAUGCCAGGAAGGUGUUCGAGUUCAUGCAGGAGAAAAGAUUGGCAACUGGUCAUACAUAUACCUUGAUGCUGAAGGCUGUCGCAAAAACCGAGGGCUACAUUUCCGCCUUGCAAUUGUUCAGUGAGAUCGAAGAGGGCGAAGAAUCAAGGGAAGCCCUCGAUGUGAUUGUGUACAACACCAUGAUAUCUGCGUGCGGGAGAGCGAAAGACUGGAGGCAAGUGGAGAAACUCUGGAGAAGACUAGCAGAGAGCAACUCCUUAACUGGAACCCUGAUGACCUACGACCUGCUUGUCAGCACGUUUGUGCAGUGCGGACAGUCCGAGCUAGCAGUUGCUGCGUAUGAGGAAAUGCUCCGCAACGGGCUUGAUCCAAGCGAGGAUAUAAUGAAGGCCGUCGUGGCUUCGUGCACCAGAGAAGGCAGGUGGGAGUUUGCGCUGGCCACGUUCAGGAGAAUGCUGAGUGCUGGCAUGAAGCCCAACAUCAUCGCGUUUAAUUCCAUCAUCAACUCCCUUGGGAAGGCUGGUGAAGAUGAGCUCGCAUUUAGGAUGUACCAUCUUCUGACAUCCUCAGGACUCGAGCCUGAUCAGUAUACGUGGAGCGCGUUGCUGUCCGCAUUACAUAGGUCUGGUCGAUGUUGGGACGCCUUGGAUCUUUUUCAUGGAAUUAAAUCCAAGCAUCCGUCGGUCUUAAACAGCCAUCUCUACCACAUCGCUCUGAUGUCCUGUGAAAGGCUCGGCCAGUGGGAGCAUGCUUUGCAGUUGUUGUGGAUGAUGGAGAAACACGGGCUGCAAAUCUCAGCGGUUUCUUACAAUCACGUGAUACGUGCUUGUGAGGUUGCGUGCGAGCCGAAAGUUGCUCUGAAAGUGUACCAGCGUAUGACUCGUGAAAGGUGCUCACCGGAUACAUUCACACAUUUAUCUGUUAUAAGAGCUUGCAUUUGGGGAUCUCUCUGGGACGAAGUAGAGGAUAUACUGGAGGAGGUUGAGCCAGAUUCUUCGAUCUACAACACAGUCAUCCAUGGGCUUUGUUUGAGAGGCAAACCCAUAUUAGCCAGGAAGGUGUAUAAGAAAAUGCAGAGCAUUGGGCUGACACCAGAUGGCAAGACGAGGUCCUUCAUGCUGCAGCACAUCACAUCAGCUGAGUAGCCUCCUGACCUGACUGAGAUGCAAUAGCUAUUAGUUGUACAAAUCUAAACACACAAUUGCAUAUGUAACCUACUGUCACUACGCUACUCUGCUGCAGUUUCUUUAACUUAUUUGAGCAAAGAUACAUAUUAAAGUGGAACAGUUAGGAUGGCACACAAUAAAUUCCUACAAAUAUGGUCAAAGGAAGACUUGCAUUCUGUCCAGUCCGUUCUUGUUAUAUUGUUGUGUGACGCCAAUUUUAAGUAUACAUACUCUGAUGCAAUGGAUCGUAAUAUUGUAUAUGCUGUAGAACAUAUACAAGGGAGUGACAUGAGUUAAUGCUGAUUUAAGACGUAAGAUAACUAAUUCUUGCAAAGUCAGCCUUGAAGUGUUGUCUUUUGGUGUUAAAAUAUUGUUAGGAAAAUAUUGUUUCCCAUUAUGGAUUUUAUUUUUCAACCAUUUUGUACUCUAACGUAGUGCUCCUGUCCUUUGUGUACUCCCUAUACUCCAACCUCAAAACAACCUCCAGAAAACUCAUGAGUUCUUCUAUAAACAAUUUACCAAGUUCAUACAACAUCAGUCUACUAUGUCAUAAAAAAUCAAAUCCAAAAGUUAAUCCACAUUUUGGAAACAAAAUACUAAGUAAGAAAAAUUCAUAUGUGAAUAGCAGCUAAUUCAAACUGGGUUGUCAACAAUUCGGCCUAUUAUCACGGUCAACACCGAUUUCGCCAUUUUGUUCUGGAGUGUAAAUUGAACCUGGAUUUAUAAUUCAGUUGUAUCCAUGUGCUUAUUCUUAGAAAAUUUUCGUAAAUUUAGAGAGGUGUUUGAGAUAUGGAAUGGGAGCACAUGAACAUGAUAUGCAAGACCUUUUUUUGGAGGCAUUAGCAGCUAUUACUUCACCACCGGAAAAGAAACUCCACCUAAUAAGUAGUUAUGACUUUUAGAUACAAUCAUUUAAUGACACUACUAUGUUUCUGUAUUUAGCUCGGCUAUUAAUUCGAAUUUGAAUCGAAUUAGUAAACCAAUUCCUAGUUUGUUUGAUGGAGUAAGCCGAUUCCCUCCUUAAAUCCAAGUCCUUGCUCCCCUCUGAAACCAUCAGAAGCAUGCAGCCAAGUGGCCGACAUUUUUCACCUCUUCGGACGAUCUUCUCUGGCUCCCCCUGCCUGGCUGCUGUUCAACAGAAACGUGCUCAUUUUCAAUGAAGAAGCAACCGGAAGAAAUGGCGUCUGCGGCGGCACCAUUGUUCGUGACCCUGGAUGGUUACCGUGAUGGCCAUCUCAAGUCCGACGUGGUUCUCACCACCUGGAGCUUGGUACCCUUUUUUCGGGUUAAAGUGGCUCUUUAUUGAUUGACCAACAAAGGAAUACAAAGACCUUGAGGAGGCUGAAGGAGCAAACCUGUCUACCAGAACUACUAGAAACAAAACUACGAGCCACUCUAUGAGCUCCUGAAUUUGAAGCCCGGUUUUCUGUCGGAAACGGACAUCAGAGAAACCUGAUGAUUUCGCCUUGAUCUCCUGUGUAACCAUGCUGUAGCUACCUCCAUAUUCUCCAUGCAGAUUGUUGAUCAUUUGGAGACAGUCCGAUGCUACAAUCAUUUUCUGAAUAUGGAUGUCCUCAGCUAGAGCCAACGCCUCCCUGCAAGCUAGAGCCUCCAAGACUCACGGACACAUACCAGAGCCAAGGUGGUGAUGCGGCCGGAACAUCUGUAAACGAGAAAGAGGAUGAUGCGAGGGGGGCAUCAUGUAGUAUAGGGCUGUAGGCUGGAUUUCAUCCCUGGGAUUUACCAUGUUGCAAAACUUACGGGGGACGAUAGAUUUGAUUUGGAAAUGUCAGAUAGUAUAAUUUCUGGAAAACAGCUGUAAUCAUUUUGUCUGUUACUAAUACCAUUGAAGUUUUGACCACACC